GCAAUUUCUGAGCAUCAAGCGGCGGUGGCUGGGGGCUCUCUGAUCAAAUUGCCUUUCACAACAAUUUUUGAAUAUCUACAGAUGAUGCAGCUUAUUGUUGUGUUGCUCAGAUACGUUGGUCCAAAUGCUAUGCUUUAUCUUGCUGCUGCAGUUUCUGACUUUUAUGUCCCUUGGGAAAGCUUGAGAGACCAUAAGAUCCAGUCUGGAGCUGGUCCUUUGGACAUGCAGCUUGAUCAGGUGCCAAGGAUGCUCUCAUUGCUCAGUAGUGAAUGGGCACCUUUGGCUUUCUGCUUAUCAUUUAAGCUGGAAACUGAUAAAGAUAUCCUCUUGGAUAAGGCUGAAUUGGCUCUGAAAAAGUAUGGAAUGCAUAUGGUUGUAGCUAAUGAGCUCUUAACCCGCAAAGAGGAAGUCAUUGUUGUUGCACCCAAUGAACAGAUUACUGUUACGAGGGAUAAAUUGCAAGCCAGGGCUGAUGUAGAAAAACCUUUGAUCAAG